GAACUGAAGUAAGCGUUUGACAGAGAAACCGUAAAAGAAAAGCCAUUGAAAACAGCAAUGCCCAAUUUUGCAGUACUAUUCUUGUUUCUUCUCUUCCCAUACUGACACUCUUUUAUAGUUUUGGAGUGUGUGAGGAAAAACAAAAACGAAAAUUACAAGAAAACUUUAUUCAGAAUUUGACAUCGAAAAAUCUUCCAAGUUCAAAAAAAAAAAACAUGCCCGAGCUCCGAUUCCAAUUCUUCGCUCCGAGACGCUUGCAGGAAGAAAGGUGCUUGGAUGGUAUGGGAGGCAGAACACCAGAGCAUUACGAGGGUAGCACAUACUAGCAUCUUUACUAUUUACCAGGCACAUUUAUGGCAUCUGCCAGCCUAGGAAAUGGUGGAGUAGGCAGUUCCAGGUCUGUUAAUGGCUUCAAGGGUUCAUCUAGUUCAGUUGACUGGCUGGGGAGAGAGAUGCUCGAGAUGAGACUGAGGGACAAUGUUGACCAUGAUGAGGACAGAGAUAGUGAACCAGAUAUAAUUGAUGGUGUAGGUGCUGAAACGGGACAUGUAAUACGAACCACCAUUGGUGGUCGAAAUGGUCAAUCUCGGCAGACAGUCAGUUAUAUUGCAGAACAUGUGGUUGGAACUGGUUCUUUCGGUGUCGUUUUCCAAGCAAAAUGUAGAGAAACUGGAGAGAUUGUUGCUAUAAAGAAGGUUCUCCAAGACAAGCGCUAUAAAAAUAGGGAGUUACAGAUAAUGCAGAUGUUGGAUCAUCCAAAUAUUGUUGCCCUUAAACAUUGUUUCUUUUCAACUACAGACAAAGAAGAGCUUUACUUGAAUCUUGUACUUGAAUUUGUCCCUGAAACAGUUAACCGUAUUGCAAGAAACUAUAGCAGAAUCAACCAACGAAUGCCCUUAAUAUACGUUAAACUUUAUACCUACCAGAUCUGCAGGGCGCUUGCCUAUAUACACAAUUGUAUCGGUAUAUGUCACCGUGACAUCAAGCCUCAAAACUUACUAGCUCUAAAUGCGCUUUUGAAAUGGUUGAAGCAAGAGCCGCUCAUGUUGCUGAAGGCAAGGAGGGUCAAUCCCCAUACGCAUCAACUGAAACUUUGUGAUUUUGGGAGUGCAAAAGUGUUGGUGAAAGGAGAACCCAAUGUUUCUUACAUCUGUUCAAGAUAUUAUCGCGCUCCAGAGCUCAUAUUUGGUGCCACUGAGUACACAACUGCUAUAGAUAUAUGGUCUACAGGCUGUGUGAUGGCUGAAUUACUUCUCGGACAGCCUUUGUUUCCUGGUGAAAGUGGAGUUGACCAACUGGUUGAGAUCAUUAAGGUUUUGGGAACUCCAACCAGGGAGGAGAUAAAGUGCAUGAAUCCAAAUUAUACAGAAUUUAAGUUCCCCCAGAUAAAGCCUCAUCCCUGGCACAAGGUCUUCCAAAAACGUUUACCCCCGGAAGCGGUGGACCUUGUUUGUAGAUUUUUUCAGUACUCUCCCAAUUUGCGAUGCACUGCUUUGGAAGCUUGCAUUCACCCUUUCUUCGAUGAGCUGAGGGACCCGAACACACGUCUUCCUAAUGGCCGUCCUCUUCCUCCUCUAUUUAAUUUUAAAUCCCAGGAGCUCUCAGGCAUACCACCUGAUAUCAUCAAUAAACUAAUUCCAGAACACUCUCGGAAGCAGAAUUUGUUUAUGGCUUUGCACACGUAGCUACUGUUAUGUAUCUUUCUCACUUCUGCUCGCUAUUUUCACUUUACAUAGAGUCUUUUAUUGGCAUCUGCCAAUUCCGUCGCCCUUCUUAUUUAUGUGCCCUGUGAGAAAGUUGCAAAGGAGUUCCUAGGACAAUAUAGGAAACCUGAGGCUUUGAGUUUGCUUGUUGCUGAUGGAGGUGCUUUUGAGUUUUAAUUCCAAGACCGAUAUAAUUUCAUGUAUAUUUGUUGUGACCCUUCUUGCAGAGGAAUUUAGUGAGACGAAAGUGUCAGCAUAUGUGUAUUAUGUAUAUACCCUGUGCUACAAUGUUAUUCUUCUAGCCACUCUUCUUCUCGA